AUGCGUAUCUGUUGCUCAGACUUUGAAAAAUUUGCCAAAUUAAUUCUAACUGAGUUUUUUGUACCUGCCCUAAAAAAUACAAUUUCAUUGUUUUCAGAAACAUCGGCUCUAUCACUUUUAUUCAAUUCAAAAUCUGAACGAUUAAAACUGCAAAAAAUUGACAAGCACAGAUUUAAUUUAAAAAUUAAAACAGAUGGUCAAUAA